GGCUAUUUCCAGUAAAAAGUCACAAUUCCUCGAGCCAAAGACGAGCGAGCAAAUAAAGAUCUCUGGCGCCGGGUAGCCGGCGGCGCACUCCGAUGGGCUGUAGCGCGUAUACUUGCGCCGUAAGCCUUGAUUUCUUGCUGUAAUUAGAGUUGGGCGUCGGAUUAUUAUCCUGUAAAGAACAGAAAUUCGAAUACAUUCUGUAACUUGGUUCAGCGCCGACAACGGAAGAAAAGCUUCCGGCAAUUGGGGAUUCGUUGCCAUUCAUCUCCCACCCGAGGACUAAAUUUUACAGCUUUAGCAAUGAUAAAGCCCGGUGUUGAUGGUGAGCAUUCCGUGAUGAUUGAAGAAAGUACAGAAAUAGAUGCAAGACGAGCUCGGUUUCCCUGCUGCAUUGUUUGGACACCACUUCCUGUCCUGUCUUGGUUUAUCCCUCUCAUUGGUCACAUUGGGAUCUGCAGGGAGGAUGGAGUAAUCUUGGAUUUCGCCGGACCAAAUUUUGUCUGUGUGGACAAUUUUGCAUUUGGAGCACCGGCACGCUACGUGCAAAUAAGGAAGAAUGAGUGUCGUGUUUCUCGCUACCCGGCUCCUUAUGAAAGAGAAAACAGCUGCGAAAUUGGGAGUGACACGACAACAUGGGAUGGUGCAUUGCAUAAGAGCACAGAAGAGUUCCAACACCUGUCUUAUAACCUUCUCACAUGCAACUGCCACUCAUUUGUGGCCAAUGCUUUAAACAGGUUGGGUUUCCAAGGCGGAGGAUGGAAUGUGGUUAGUGUGGCUGUUUUUCUCGCGCUCAACGGACAAUGGGUGAGAAAAACGUCUAUCUUGGGGGCAUAUUUACCGGUUCUUGUAGUGUCUGGUUUAGCAUGGGCCUUUGGGGGAUGGUCUUUUUUAACCAUCUGGGGAAUCUUCAUAGCUAUUCUUGUUGGCUGGUUUCUUGUGGGCUCUUACUGUUUCAAGAAGAUGAUCUAUGUCUAGUAAUUUUUCUUGCCACUUCUCUCCCUAUUCAGUCUGCACCUAAAACUUGUUUUCGUGGUUCAAUUUUUUUUUUUUGGAGGACUUUUUAAGUGAUUUGGCAAGCUCAAUUGAUUUAGGACCAUGCUACAGUAACCACAUUCAGAAUAGGAACCCUUUUGGGCGUGUUGUGUACUUGUGUAAUGUUUAUGAAGAGGAAAUGAUUGUGUGCUGGAUUGUCUUUGAUUGUGUCAAAGUUGGUGUUAUCCAUGAAAAAUGUUACGGAGUAUGAGACCAACUAUCUAUGUGGGAUGUGUGCUUGAGUAUUCGUCUAGUUUGAUGAAGUAUCUUGUACUCCCUCCGUCCUCUAGUUUUUGUCCACUUUUGACUUUUGGAACUGUUUAUCUAAGCACUUUGACUCAUCAAAUUCUCUCAAUGUGUAAGCCUAAAUAUAAUCAUGUGUGAUCU